AGAGAGAUAGAUAUGGAGUGGAACAAUAACCAACAGUAUGGUGUCAUGGGAGGAGGUAAUAUGCAGGGUGGUAUGAUGGGUGGUCAAACUCAACAAGGAGGACAGCAACAACAGCAGUCCAAGAAUCAAAUGUAUUAUCCUGGUGGAGGAGUAGGAGGAGGUGUUGGUGGUGGUAACCAACAACAACAACAACAACAAUUCGGAAGUAAUGUCGGCGUCGGUGGCGGUGUUGGCGUAGGUAUUGGUGGCGGAGGAGGUAUGAUGGGCGCACCCCAACAACAGGUCUACCAAUCAAACAUGAAUCAACCACGUGAUAACAAUGGACCAGGUUCUUCAAUGAAGUCUGGCGGCAUGAAUCAAGGUUUUCCCAAUCAGUUUGUUGGCGGUCAAUCCAAUCAAUUCCAGCCUCAACAACAACAAUCUGGAAACAAUAACUUCAAUCCACAACAACAACAACAACAGUUUGGAAAUAGAAUGGGCAACAGCAACAACAACAAUAUGCCAAUGAACAUGCAAGGUGGCAAUCAGAUGGUCGGUGGAGGAUUGCCCAUGGGUAACACGGGCAACAUGGGCGGAUCAGGAAUGCAAGGCGGUCAAAUGAUGGGCCAGAUGAACAUGGGCGUCAAUCAAAUGAACCCGAUGAACACCGGAAUGGGACCAGGUGGCAUGAGUCCAAACAUGAGCCCAGGCUUGGGCAGCCCAAUGAACAACAACCAGAUGAUGCCCAACAACAUGAACAUGCCAGUUGGAAACCAGAUGGGUGGCAUGGGCAACAUGGGCGGCAACAUGGGAGGCAACAUGGGCAACAUGAACAUGCCAAUGUCCAACUCGAUGGGCAUGGGCAACAACAUGGGCAACAUGAAUAUGCCCGUUGGAAACCAGAUGGGCGGUAUGGGCAACAUGGGAGGCAUGGGUGGCAUGAACAACAUGAACAACAUGGGCAAUAUGGGUGGCAACAUGGGCGGCAACAUGGGUGGCAACAUGGGAGGCAUGGGCGGCAUGAACACUGGAAUGAACACAGGAUCGAUGCGCAGUGGAGACGACUCGAACUAUCGCUCAGGAGGUAGUGGUGGCUCAUCAUCAAGCUCAUAUCGAAACGAUUACCGAAGUGGAGGUUCGUCGUCCAGCAAUCAACAGGGCGGCCAAGGAAACUGGAACAAGGGUGUGGCGACUGGUGGAGGCAGUGGUGGUUCAUACGGCUCACGCUCAUCCAACUCAUCAUCGUCAUCAGGCUCGUCAUCAUACAGCUCGAACAAGACCUACGACAACAAGCCAUACUACAACAAGAACAAGGAUUCCAGCAGCAGUGGCAGUGGCAGUUACUACAGAGACAAGGAUCGCGACAGGGACCGAGACAGCAAGUCGUACGACUCGUCCUCGUCCUCGAGCAAGAGCUAUCAAAAGAAGGACUCUCAUCACAAGAAGGACGACUCGUCACACUCAUCUUCCUCAUCUUCCAAGAAGCGCGAGUCAUCGGAGCGCGACACAGGCCUGGACCGCGACAAGAAGUACGUAGUGGGAAUCCCCCAUCACAUGUUCACCAAGACAGAGUACGACUACAUGACCUUGAGCAGGCUGUACUCACGAUUGAGCGUGUCGCCAGACUUUGAGAAGCUGGUGGCGUCUGUCAAGUACAACGCCAAGGUCAUGCUGAUGCAGUACCAGGCUCAGUCCACUACCAACCCCACACAUCUCAAGAAGCGCAUCAAGUUCCUUGUGGCCAAGCAGGUGCUCAACAAGCAGAGUCCAGAUAUCUCUUGUGUUGGUGGCGCAUGGGACCCCGUUGACGGCGCCGACAUUGCCGAUCCACAGACACUCAUCAACACAGCGAUCAGAACGACCAAGGACUACACUCAAUUCGACCUGAGCAAGUGCACCAAGUGGUUCAAGUUCAUGGAGAUCCAUUACCAGCGACAGGCCAACGACACCACUCCCGAGCACAAAGAGAUCACUGUCAUCUUUGUCCCAGACAUUUCACAUCUGGAGCCAUUCAACAUCAAGGAGUAUCUCAGGGAGCACUCAACAGAGCCUGUUACUGAUGCUGCCAACACAGACUCAAUGACUGAUGCCGCGGCCGCCAUAGCAACAGAUGCCUUGACCAACCCAGCGGACGUGGCAAAUAGAGUGGCGGCCGAGGUCAUGGCCGAGGACAAUCGUUCUUCUUCCGGAACUGGCACAGGAUCGACAAGUGAUCCACCCACCGUUGUCGAGGAGCCACAGACAUUCUUUAACAUUGUGCCACCUGCUUCCACUGGCGACACCAAGUACCGUGUGAUGCUAUUGUCCUUGGAUGGCGUGUUGGACUAUGAGGAGUCUGACAAGUUUGAGGGAACAUUUGAACUCUCACUCUUUGGUGAGCUCUUCCAUCUAAUGCUCUGUCGUGACAUGGGUCAGCUAAUCUUGCAAUCAAUUACCGAGUUUAAGCCAAGAGUUGUGGCGACGGCGGCAGAUAAUGAGUCAACGAGCGCAGCAGUUGUAGCACCAACGGCCACAUCGCCAACAAUUAAGACAACAACAGAUGAUCAACUUGGAAAGCGCAAGCGUGAGGAAGAUAGCGAGACCAAUGAUGAUACUGUCGCUGUUGAGACCAAGGCAAUCAAGACAGAUGUCGAUACAACAGAGAAUGGUGAGAUCGAAGCUCAACCAAACACAACAACGACAACAACCGAGCAAGAUACCACUACGACUGAGAUCCCAGCAUCAGUAUCACCAACCACAACAACUGAGAUCAAGAGUGAAGAGACUACACCAGUGUUACAACAACAUCAACAACAGGGUGAGGAUGCCAACACACAGUAUGACGACGCCUAUGAAUACUUUGACAUCAACCUGUCCACCUAUCUAAAGAGCGAGGACGUCGAGACCAUUAUCCAUAAUCUAGGAUCAUUCAUGUCCAAGACCACGGUACACAUGCUCGUCAACAAAGUGACCACAGAGUACUCCACCAACAAGGGACGUGUAUACUAUCGCAGGGUAACUCUUAGACAACAUCAA